AUGGCGAUUCCAAAGAAGCGGAAAAGAAGUUUAACGCAAGAAGACGAAGAAGCCCACGAAAGGGUAGAAAUCGACCUCAACGAAGAGCCGAAUCUUGACGAAGAAGCACACCAGAGGGUUGAAAUCGACCUGAACAAGGAACCGGAACUUGACGAAGAAGCACACCGGAGGGUGGAAAUCGACCUGAACAAAGAACCGGAAAUUGACGAAGAAGCACACCAGAGGGUGGAAAUCGACCUGAACAAAGAACCGGAACUUGACGAAGAACACGGUGACGAUCGAGCAGAGCUGAACAAAGGCGCCGCAACAGACCCGAAUGAUGAUGUCAAACAGGAAGAAGAAGAAGCGGACCUGAACAAAACCGUGGCCUCGGAAGUCAAAGAUGCUGAUCCUAGAAACAGAGAGACAACAGCAAGAAGAAGAUCAACUCCAGAGGAAGAAAAAGAAAGAGACGAGCAGGACGAAAUGGUUAUCGCUGCGCUCACGUUAUGCCACAUCAAGUAUUUAAGCAACACAACCCGAGCCGAGAAUCAACCCGAGCUGAGAACCAAGAAGAGGGAAAAGGAAUCGAAAGACGAAGACGAAGACGACUCCGAACAGACCUUGGCGUCACUGAGCCGAUGGGAAACUCCGUUGAAACCACCGGGAAAGAUCGUCAACCGCCGCUUGAUCGAGCAAUGCAGCAGACCGAUACGAAAGCAGCUGACGGCGAGCGACGUGCGCGGCGACGGAGAUCGGAUCAGGCUUUCGUUAUCGAGACCCCAAGUGAGGAAGAAAUUUCUGCAGUUUCUUGGAGAAUCAGAGAUUCCUGGCGGGCAAAGAGGAGCUAAGGUGUCGGUGUACGGACCAGACGGGAAGGUUCAUGAGAUGAAGAUGUUUCCUGAUGACAAGAAGUCGCCUGAUUCGACUUCGACGACGGGGUGGAGGAAGUUCGUCAGAGAUUAUGAGCUCAAGGAGUUUUGCGAUUUCAUCACGAUUUGGAUGUUUAAGCACAAAAAGACUCAACAGGUUUGCUUAGCUAUCGACACCAAAAGGCUUUCAGUGAGGAAACAGGUGAGUAAGAGGAUCUCCAUGGCCGCUUUCGAGGAUUCAGAUUAA